UACUUGAGAGUUGAGACGUAUGGGGCUUUAUUCGUAACACUAAAGAAAUUAACAAUGAUCACCAUAAGAACUACUAGUAGGAAAGAAACUGAGCCUCACGUAACCAGAAGACCUUUAUUAAAUUACAACUUAAAAACCGAUGGAAGAAGAAGAUUUGGUGGUUAUCUCAAGGAGCAUAGUAAUCCCCAGAAACGCCAAGAAAUCGAGUUCCUCCAAGAAGAAGAUUCAUCUGCUUCCAUGGGAUCUCUCUCGUCUUCGCUUCGGUUAUCUUCAAAGAGGUCUCCUUUUCUCCAGACCUUAUCCAAAAAUAGACAUAGUUCUCUCACGGUUACAAACUUCACUCUCCCUCGCACUUGACCGUUUCUACCCUUUAGCUGGUCGUCUCGUAAAGACAAAGAACGACGACGACACAGUCUCCUUUUACAUCAACCCCGAUGGUUCAGGUGUGGAGUUCGUUCACGCCGUGGCUAGAAACAUCGAGGUCAGUGAUAUCCUUAGAUUAUCCACUUCUUUCAGCUCCUUCUUCCCCGCUACUGGGGUCAAGAACUGUAACGGCGUCUCGAGAUCUCUGCUUAUGGUCCAAGUGACUGAGAUGAAAGAUGGGAUCUUUAUCGGUUUCGGUUACAACUCUACUGUAGCUGACGGAGAUUCGAUCUGGAAGUUUUUGAACGCGUGGUCUGAGAUCUGCUCGAAGGGUUUGGUUUCCGAAGCUGCUUGCCUGCGUCGUCUUCAGCUUAAAGGUUGGUUCUUUGACGAGAUUGAUUACCCUAUCCGAAUCCCAGACCCUGAGGCAAAACCAGCUACGGUCACAGCAUCGAGUAGUUUACUGCAGGAGUUGAUGUUUCAUGUCACGAAGGAGAAUGCUUUGAAACUGGAAGCUAAAGCCAACGACGAGAAGGUCUCGUCUUUUCAAGCGGCGUUAGCACAUAUAUGGUGUUCGAUGGUUAAGCACAGUGGGAUGAGCAGAGAGGAAGAGACUUAUUGCAGGUUACCUAUAGACAUGAGGAGAAGGCUGAGCCCACCGUUGGAAGAAGACUGUUUUGGGAACGUGAGUCAGACCGGGAUAGCGAGAGUCACGGUUGGUGAGCUGAUGGAUAAUGGAUUAGGGUGGGCGGCUGGGAAGAUAAACGAAAUGGAGCGGUCGCAAACGCAUGAAAACGCGGAAGCGUCUGCUGAGAAAUGGGUGAGAGAUGUGAAGAUUCCGGUUUCUGUUGGUAGCAGAGAUUUGGUUGUGACGAGCUCUCACCGGUUUGAUGUUUAUGGAAAUGAUUUUGGUUGGGGUAAACCGAUAGCUGCGAGAGCUGGACCGCCGUAUGUGUGUGGGAGAAUGGUUGUGUUCCAAGGAGUUGAAGAGGGAAGUCUUGAUUUUCAGGCUUGCUUACAUCCUCAAGUAGUGGAGAAACUAUCAGAAGAUGUUGAUUUUAAAGAGUUUGUGAGCUUGUGACAAAAAAAAAAAAAAAGAGUUUGUGAGCAUUGUACUAUGAUUGAUGAUUUGGUUCAACAAUUUGAAUCCAAUCUAAAAUGUGUGUGUGUGUUUCUUCCUUUUCUGAUUGUUUGUAAUUCAUCAACUUGGUCACAUGAAAUUCUCAGAUGGCCAUAAACAUUUUUAAAAUAAAUUUGAAUAAUUUUUCUUUA